AUGGGAGCCGACGGAGGAACUAUCGCAAAGAGACAAGAUAUUUUAUCACUCCAUUCCAAUCUGGUAUCUUCUUUCAAGCAGAAAGGAGACGAUAACGAAGAAACAUUAUUGAAAAGCUGUGCCAUCUCAUCGUUGCCGUUAUAUACAAAAUCAAAUGACCCUAUAGUAGGUGAUUAUAAAGGUCGGUUAUACCUCAAAGAGAAGAUUAUUGAGUAUUUACUCGAGUCUAAAACUGAUAAAUCUAAAAUAAGGCCUUCAUUCAAAUAUGUAAAGUCCUUGAAAGACCUUUGUCCCGUAUACAUAAAAUGGACCGAAACCGCGCAAGGAGAGCACAAUAUUGAAUGUCCUAUUACAAAAGAACUGAAGACUACUAAAGUGGAAUAUGUAUAUCUUCGACCUUGUGGCUGUGUAAUGUCACAUAAAGGACUAAAAGAGCUUAAUAAGCAUAUCAAAAUGGACUCGGGGCCCGUGGAGAGUAGAUGUCCAACCUGUUCCAAAAAGUUUCAUUUUGACUACGAUGUUGUAAUAAUUAAUCCCUUGAAUAAGGAGGAUAUUGAUUUGUACAAUGAGAAGAAUUAUAGAUACUUAAGGAAUGAACUACGUUUGAGCCAUUCGAGCAUUCCUUUAAAGAAGGAUAACAAAGCGAAUGGUGUAGGAACCUCGAGCAAAAAGAGAAAGCAAGAUCAAAAACCAGUAAAUGAUCUUGAAAAGAAACAAAAGACUAAUCCAAUUUUAGCAUUAAAAUAA